GGAAAACUUUUCUUAGGCAUAAGCAAAGGUUUCAUGAGUACAGGAGAUUUUACAUAAUCAUAUAAAAUAAUGAGACAGAGUGAAAUGAAAAUAUAAACAGAGUAAAAGAAGAGAGUAAUAAGCUAUGGAGAAAGUAGUUACAGUUGGAAGGUGCAUGUUUGCUCGUAGUGUUAAACCAAAUUAUCUGUAUUCUAUACAAAAGAUGCAAAUUUCAAGCAGAAGCAAUUCUAUAGAUGAUGGCGAGUUUACUCAUCCUAUAAUUAAGACAAGUAUCCCUGGACCUGUUUCAAUUAUGAAAUGUAAAGAAAUGGAUUUUAUAGGGCAAAGUGCUGCUAUGCAAUUUUUUGUGGACUAUGAAAAAUCAAAAGGAAACUACAUUGCUGAUGUAGAUGGAAACAUUCUUCUUGAUGUUUACCAACAAAUAGCUUCAUUACCACUGGGUUACAAUCAUCCUGCUUUACUUGAAGCUAUGUCAUCACCUUCAAUUAAGACAAUGAUGGUCAAUCGGCCAUCAUUGGGUAAUUUACCUCCAUCUGACUUAUAUAAUUCUCUAACUGACACUCUUUUAAAAAUUAAACCCAAAGGUCUUGAUUAUGUUCAAACUAUGAUGUGUGGUUCAUGCUCAGUUGAAAACGCCUUAAAAGCAGCAGCCAUUAAAUACAGAAAUGACCAACGAGGCACUGAUAUGCCUUCUGAGAAUGAGUUGUUAACAUCCAUGACUCAAGAGUUGCCAGGUACACCGGACUUAGUGUUUCUUUCCUUCUCCCUUGGUUUUCAUGGUCGAACCUUUGGUGCUUUGUCUGUGACUCAUUCAAAACCAAUUCACAAAGUCGAUAUUCCUGGAUUUAAGUGGCCUAUUACUGAUUUUCCUGACUUGAAGUAUCCAUUAGAGGAUUAUGUUAAAGAGAAUAAAGAAGAAGAGGCUCGGUGUUUAGAAAUGAUGCGUAAAACUAUACACGAAUGGAAUAAUAAAGGAAAGUUUGUUGCUGGUGUUAUUGUUGAGCCAAUACAAUCUGAAGGAGGCGAUAAUCAUGCAUCUCCAGAUUUCUUUAGACAAGUUCAAAAAAUAGCAUCUGAGGCAAAUGCUGCAUUCAUAGUAGAUGAAGUGCAAACUGGCUGUUGUUCGACUGGAAAGUUUUGGGCACACGAACAUUGGGAUUUACCAGAGGCACCAGAUAUGGUUACUUUUGCUAAGAAAUUACUUGUUGGUGGAUAUUAUUUCAAAAGAAGUUUUCUUCCAAAGCAGUCUUUUCGAAUUUUCAACACUUGGAUGGGUGAUCAAGCUAGAAUAAUAUUACUUAAGACAGUUUUAGAUGUCAUUGAAAAAGAUAAAUUGUUAGAUAAAGUUCAAAGAUCUGGUGAUGUUCUUUUAAGUGGUCUCAAGAAGCUAGAAUUGAAAUACCCUAACAGUAUUCAAGAUUGUAGAGGUCAGGGAACCUUUAUAUCACUAUCCUGCAGUACACCAGCUAAAAGAGAUGCGCUAUCUGUAGCUGCGCGUAGUUUAGGUCUUCAAAAUGGUUCAAAUGGUUUACGAAGUAUUCGCUUUCGACCAUGUUUACUUUACGAUGAGUCUCAUGCAGAGGUGACGCUUGAGCUUUUUGAAGAAGCGAUAUUACAAGUUCAAAAAUGAUUGCUUUUUAUUUACUAGGCUAUUUGUUAUUAAAAGUAUAACUUUUAUACAUAUAUAUUUUGUAUGUAUAUUUUUAUAUAUAUUUUUAUCGUAAAAAUUACGAUUUUUAUUUUUAAUUAUUUCAAGUGUGAAUUUUAAAACUAUAUUUCUUAGUAGAUUUAGUAUAUUUAAAGAUUUUUUUAAAUUGCAUUUUUCAAGUUGUUGUUUUUUCAAUAUUAUUAUUGUGUAAAUAAGUUAAAUUGAGUAAUUUCUUUUUAGUUUAGAAUUUUUUACGCAUUUUUCUAAUCUA